GGUUCCGGGGCAGGAUUGUGUUUGUUUGAGGCGAUCUCCUUCCUUCGCUUUCGCACUUGGCCGAAGUGAUCUGAGUCUCACAGGGGAGACUGGAGUUAAUCCCGUUAGUUCAAAUAUCACGGAACUUUUUUUUGCGCCAGACAAGACGUUCUGGGACUUGUGGUUUGCUUCUGGAAACGGACUCCGAGCCUGACAGCCGACGGAAGUGAGGCUGCGGGGGAAUGGCCGCGGCGGCGACCAUGGCGGCUGCUGCCCGCGAGCUGGUGUUGCGGGCCGGGGCCUCAGAUAUGGAGGAGGAGGAGGGCCCGCUGGGCGGUGCUUCUGGACUCCAAGAGCCCCUGCAGCUUGGGGAGCUGGAUAUCACCUCUGAUGAAUUCAUCCUGGAUGAAGUGGAUGUUCACAUCCAAGCAAAUCUGGAGGAUGAGUUAGUGAAGGAAGCUCUCAAGACGGGUGUGGAUCUGCGACACUAUUCGAAGCAGGUGGAGCUGGAGCUGCAGCAGAUCGAGCAAAAGUCCAUCCGGGACUAUAUCCAAGAGAGUGAAAACAUCGCAUCUCUGCACAAUCAGAUCACAGCCUGCGACGCUGUCCUGGAGCGCAUGGAGCAGAUGCUGGGAGCUUUCCAGAGCGACCUCAGCUCCAUCAGCUCCGAGAUCCGGACCCUGCAAGAGCAGUCGGGAGCCAUGAACAUUCGACUCCGUAACCGACAGGCAGUGCGGGGGAAGCUUGGGGAGCUUGUGGAUGGGCUAGUGGUGCCCUCUGCUCUGGUCGCAGCAAUUCUGGAAGCUCCAGUGACAGAGCCCAGGUUCCUGGAGCAGCUGCAGGAGCUGGAUGCCAAGGCAACUGCAGUCAGAGAGCAGGAGGCGAGAGGCACAGCUGCCUGCGCAGACGUCAGGGGUGUGCUAGACCGGCUGCGGGUCAAGGCAGUGACAAAGAUCCGCGAGUUCAUCCUCCAGAAGAUUUAUUCCUUCCGCAAGCCGAUGACCAACUAUCAGAUCCCCCAGACAGCCCUGCUGAAGUACAGGUUCUUCUACCAGUUCCUGUUGGGCAACGAGCGAGCAACAGCCAAGGAGAUCAGGGAUGAGUACGUGGAGACGCUGAGCAAGAUCUACCUGUCUUACUUCCGCUCCUACCUGGGGCGGCUCAUGAAAGUGCAGUACGAGGAGGUUGCUGAGAAAGACGAUCUAAUGGGUGUGGAAGACACAGCAAAGAAAGGAUUCUUCUCGAAGCCGUCCCUCCGAAGCAGGAACACCAUCUUCACCCUGGGCACCCGGGGUUCUGUCAUCUCCCCCACUGAACUUGAGGCCCCCAUCCUGGUGCCCCAUACUGCUCAGCGUGGAGAGCAGAGGUAUCCGUUCGAAGCUCUCUUCCGCAGCCAGCACUACGCCCUCCUCGACAAUUCUUGCCGUGAAUAUCUUUUCAUCUGUGAAUUUUUUGUUGUAUCUGGCCCAGCUGCACAUGACCUAUUCCACGCUGUCAUGGGCCGCACACUCGCCAUGACCCUGAAACACCUGGAGUCCUACCUGGCCGACUGCUACGAUGCCAUUGCUGUUUUUCUCUGCAUCCACAUUGUUCUCCGAUUCCGCAACAUUGCAGCCAAGAGGGACGUUCCUGCUCUGGACAGGUACUGGGAGCAGGUGCUUGCCUUGCUGUGGCCUCGGUUUGAGCUGAUCCUGGAGAUGAAUGUCCAGAGCGUCCGCAGCACCGACCCCCAGCGCCUCGGGGGGCUGGACACUCGGCCCCACUAUAUCACACGCCGCUAUGCUGAGUUCUCCUCUGCACUGGUCAGCAUCAACCAGACGAUCCCCAAUGAACGCACCCUGCAGCUGCUGGGACAGUUACAGGUGGAGGUGGAGAAUUUUGUACUCCGAGUGGCUGCGGAGUUCUCCUCCAGGAAGGAGCAGCUUGUGUUUCUGAUCAACAACUACGACAUGAUGCUGGGUGUGCUGAUGGAGCGGGCUGCUGAUGACAGCAAAGAGGUGGAGAGUUUCCAGCAGCUGCUCAAUGCUCGAACACAGGAAUUCAUUGAGGAGUUGCUGUCUCCUCCCUUCGGGGGUCUGGUGGCGUUUGUGAAGGAGGCUGAGGCUUUGAUUGAGCGUGGACAGGCUGAGCGCCUUCGAGGGGAAGAAGCCCGAGUUACUCAGCUGAUCCGUGGCUUUGGUGGCUCCUGGAAGGCGUCGGUGGAGUCUCUGAGUCAGGAUGUCAUGCGGAGUUUCACCAACUUUAGAAAUGGAACCAGCAUCAUCCAGGGGGCGCUGACCCAGCUGAUCCAGCUCUACCAUCGCUUCCACCGGGUGCUGGCACAGCCACAGCUCCGGGCGCUGCCAGCCAGGGCUGAGCUCAUCAAUAUUCAUCACCUCAUGGUGGAGCUCAAGAAACACAAGCCCAACUUCUGACUCGGUCCCCGGGCUGACAGCCCCCAUGGACUCUGCACUGCACACAGUGUCACCUGGGUCCCCUUUCCCCCUCCUGUUGUCUCUGAGGCUUCCACACUCCUCCCCAGCCUCCACUGAGGACUCUGCGGCAACAUAGUGUGCCCAAGUCGCUUCUUCCUGGACGUUUACCAUUUCCCCAUCCCUGUCACCUCCGCCCCUCAUGGGUCGCACCUGUGAAAGCUUCCACUGCUUCUGCGAUUGCGGCUCAGCUCUUGAGACAGAGCUGUGGAGGCUGCCUCUGCUCUCCUGUAACUUGGUGGACCUGUGGUCUCCUCUUGAACACUAACCCAUCACCUCCUGGCUGGGGCUCAGUCUCUCUGUCUGUUGUCUGUCUGUAGGCAAUAAUAAGUACUAAUGUGCCAACAGCUUCCUCUCCUUUGUCCUGGGCCUUCGAGCUCUCCAGCAUUUCCUUACUGUAUCCUAUCCGGGUCCCAGCCUGGUGGGCAUCCAGGAAGAAGGGAGGAUGGUGACCUAUGGACUGUCACUGCUUCAACCCAGGGGUGGCUGGGUUGCUUAGGAGGGGACUGGGGGACUGCUUUGUAGCUCUCCAGGAUGGUGGCACACGCCACAAGGCCUGGGAACAUGGACAGCUGUGGGCACUGUCCUGAGGGCUAGCAUGGGAAAAGCCAGUCUCAGUCCCUAACUGACGUCACAGCUUCUCUGGGAUUGUCUGUCUCAGUCCCUAAGUGACGUCACAGCUUCUCUGAGGGUGGAGGGUCUGCAAUCCCUACAUCCAGACAUUGGGGCAGGGGUGGACCUGGCUCUAAAACACACAUCUUGUCAUUUACAUUUGAUCCAGACCCUCCUGCUGCCCUGCUUCUGUGCCCAGUGAAGACCACAGCAGCGGUUCCUACCUUCCUAAUGCUGCAACCUUUAAUACAGUUCCUCACAUUGUGGUUACCCCAUAAAAUUAUUUUCAUUGCCACUUUAUAACUGUAAUUUUGCUAGUUAUGAAAAAUGUUAAUAUCUGUGUUUUCUGAUGGUUUUAAGCAACUCCUGUGAAGGGUGCUUUAACCCCCACAGGUUGACAACCACUGGUGGUGAUUGAGGAAAGAUCCUUGACAAGCCCUUUUGGGGCGUGCAGUCCUGGCUGUCCUGGAACUCAUUCUGUAGACCAGGCUGGCCUUGAACUCAGCUGACCUGCAUCUGCUGGGAUUAAAGUUGUGCACCACCAUCCAGCUUCUGACCAAGUCUUAAACAAAACCCAUGUGGUUUUAGACCUGUAAUCCCAGCUAAUUGGGAGACUGGCAUGGGAUAGAAGGACUGCUUGGGUUACAGAAUAAGUUCAAGGACAGCCUGGACCAGGUCUUAAAAGUAAAGUCAUGAGCAGGGAAAUGGCUCAGCGGUUAAGAGCCCUGGCUGCUCUUUGGUCCUGAGUUCAAUUCCCCACGCCACAUGAUGUCCAGUCAUCUAUUAUGGGAUCUGGUGUCCUUUUGGUGUGUAGGUAUAUGUGCAGAUAGAGCACCAUAUAUAUAUAAUAAAAUUUAAAAAAAUUAAAAAGCCAGGAAUGUAGUUCAGUGGCAGCUUGUGAGGUGGACAACAGUCCCUGGGUUCCUUUUACCACGGGGGAAAUUCCAGGUGAAAGAAGCUAUGCAGAAAAAUUAAUUUGAGGUCAUUUCCUCUUCCCCAUUCACAUUCAGGUCCUUGGCCAGUGGCCUCUUUGAGGUAUCACCUAAGGAUCUGGCUGUUGCUGCCCUAGGAGGGAAAGGAAGGUAGAGACUCUGAAAGCCGCUCUUGAUUGAACCAUAUGUCUUGUGGGCGGAGUCAGUGCUGUCCUUAGGGAGCUUGCCCAGUUGACCUCAUUUCCCCUUCCUGGUUUCCAGUUCCAGCUUUUCCAGUCUCGCUGUGGCUCCCAGGAUCCUUGAGGCUCAUCGUAGGUUGGGGGCCACAGGCUCACCCCAGACCUGGCCGCGGGAAUCCUUCAUGCUCCUUUCUGGCUUUCUGUGCUUAACCACCUGCUCCAUCCCUCCCCCCAGGUGUCAGUCUUGGGGAUCCCUGUGUUCUGGUCUCACCUUAUAGCCCUGGCUGUCCUGGACUUGCUAUGUGGAUCAGGAACUCAGAGAUCCUCCCGCCUCUGCCUCCUGAGGGCUGAGUUUAAAGGUGCUCCCAAAGAAUCUGUUAUCUUUGGAUGGACACCUUGCUCAGCCUAGAUAUAGUGGGGAAGGCUUGGUCUUGUGUCAAAGCAGUGUGCUAGACUGUUGACUUCCCUUGGGAAGCCUUACUCUCUCUGAGGAGUGGA